UGAUGAUGAUGGUUUGCUGGAGGGGUCAGGAGGGGACAGCGGCUGUCAGAUUUAAGGAGGGAUGAUUAGGAAGAAAAGUUUGGGUGUUCCUGAAAUACAAUUUACACACCUCCCAUGCCAGUAUUCCCCCAGUGCACCCGUUGCGUAACACCAGGCUGUGUGUGUGUGUGUGCGCGUGUGCGUGUGUGUGAGUGUGUGUGCAGCAGGCUGGUCCCCCUCAGUGCUGCUGUGGAGCCUUGCAGGAGGAGGCGGUGGUCGUGUUAUUGAGCGGCCCGGCGGUGGAAGUUGCGCUGCAGGGGUGGGACUUUCUUUCUGCAGUCGGUCGGUCGGGGGUGAGCUGCGGCUCGUACAGAAAUGCCUCAAGCAGCAGCUUUUCAGACUCCAGCGAGCAGCAGCACAAGCAGACGGACACCUCCGAGUAGAAGAUAAAUCCUCCUCCUCCUCUUCUUCUUCUUCUUUUCUUCUUCUUUUCUUCUUCUUUUUCUUCUUCUUUUUCACCACCUUUCCUGCUCAUCUUCCCCACACUCCUCCCCAUCCUCCGGGGGGAGUGUGAACGCCGUUUUCUCUUCUCUCCACCAGCCCCGGGAUACAUAGACCGGACCGGCACCGGUGUCAUUGGAUGGAGAGAGGCGCCUGAAGAAGGGAGAGUGGUGGAGUUGGUUUGCCCCCCUCCUCCUCCUCCUCCUCCUCAUCCUCCUCCUCCUCCUUCUUCCCUACUGCAGCAAAAGAAAACUCCGGGCUGGCUGCAGAACCAUGUCCUCCGCUGAAAGUGGGGAUAUAUCAGGCUACCAUCUGAGUGUGGUGCGUAACCCGCCCGGCUGGGAGGUGGGGCUCUAUCUGGUGGGCUUCCUAGUGCUGCUGUGCGUGGCCGGGAUCAACAUCUGGAAGUUGUGGAAAUCUGGAACCUUCCCUGCGCCGUCUCCCUUCCCCAACUUUGACUAUCGAUACUUGCAAGAAAAAUAUGGAACCUCCUUCUCAGAAGUCAGACAAAAGCGAGUGGCCGCCAACAACCACCGGCGGACCUCCACCACCUCCAGCCGCAAACCCAGCCUGGCCUUUGGGGACGUCCCGGAUGGUAUCAGGGACCUGGGCCACCUGGAGCUGAUGAGCAGGGAGCUGGACCCGACCGGCAUCGCCCAGCUCAACCGAUCCAUCUCCACCGACUCGCUCAGCUCCAUCUCCUCCAUCGCCAACAACUUCGGCCACGACUACACGGUCGGCCAGCUGGAGGUGACGCUCGAGUUUGAGCAGCCCAGGCAUCCGGGACAGGGGGCGGGAGUGCUCCACAUCACUCUGCACCAGGGCAAAGACCUGCUGGAGAGGGAGGAGGGAGACUUCCCCGGCUGCUUCAUCAGAGUCUCCCUGGGGCCAGACGAGCUCAGUGUGGGAGUCACAAGGAUCCAGGCGAAUGCAUACACGGUGAUUUUUGAUGAGCACUUCUCCGUCCCCAUGGACUCGUCCCUGUUGGAGGAGUACAGCCUGUGUUGUGCCGCUUUCGGUAUCGAUGCUGAUGAGAGAAACAUCAGCGCGGGGGUGGCAGAUCUCAAGCUGUCAGACCUGGACCUGACCAUCAGACCGUUCAACGCCUGGCUCUACCUUCAAGAUGUCAAUAAGGCUGUGGAUGCAGUUGGGGAGAUCCUGUUGUCUCUCAGCUAUUUGCCGACAGCAGAGCGCCUCACAGUGGUUGUGGCCAAGUGCAAGAGCCUGGUGUGGACCAACAGCAAGAACACUGCAGAUCCAUUUGUCAAAGUGUAUCUCCUGCAAGACGGCAGGAAGAUCAGCAAGAAGAAGACUUCCACCAAACGGGACGACACAAACCCCAUCUUCAAUGAAGCCAUGAUCUUCUCUGUGCCGUCCCUCGUCCUGCAGGAACUCUCCCUGAGGGUGACAGUGGCAGAGGCCACAGACGACGGCCGGGGCGAGAACCUGGGUCACGUGAUCAUCGGCCCCGAGGCCAGCGGGAUGGGGAUCACCCACUGGAAUCAGAUGCUGGCCACUCUGAGGAAGCCCGUGUCCAUGUGGCACCCUCUGCGCAGGAUCUAGCCCUCUUUGACCUCCCACACACCCGACCUGUUUCAAGUAAAACACUCGCUUCUUCUCGUUCCCUUCACCUCUCCCCUAAUUUGGUCCCGGUCUGUUACACUGUUCUAGUAAGAUAAGAGUGUUUGGCCCACAGCAGGAUACGGUGUGGGGUAUCUGUCGCUAUGUGGUGAGUAACAAAUUGGAGUAAGCACCUUAUCUUCAUGUAAGGGGGAGGAUUCUGAAAAGCCAAUGUUUGUCUCUGAACAGCAUGUUUUUAUUGAUCCCUGGAUCAAUUAUAUGCUUAAAGCCUGUCUUUAGUAUUUGGCUUUAUUCUGGCCCAGGUGCAUUACGGGUGAGGAAGGCACAGUGCAUAUCCCAAAUUACCCAAAUGACAUACUAAAAGUAAUUGAGUUUUCAAAUGGUGUGCGUCCUACGUCCUUACCUUGUCCCCUUAGCUUGAGAAUCGGCCUGCAUCCAGAUUCUCUCCACUACAACAACAGCAGGGGAGACAUGAAUAUGGGGAUACUUUUCCCCUUCUCAAAAGUCUUGUUUUUAAAUUUCAGUUUGAUGUGAAUUCUAAUGAACAAAAGGAGCCCCGCCUGGGCCGACGUAACCCCCUCUCUGCAUGGUGCCUACUCUGGUUGUAGCCUGUUAUAAUGAGCGACUGGACGGAGGGGUUAAAUCGCCUCUCUUUCAGGAAAACACUCAUUUGUCUUUUCAAACCAGUCAUUGAUUGCGCCUACUUGAUUGAUUUCGUAGCGGCUUUAGAGCCGAGUUGAGUUAGCUCUUUUGGAUUUGCUUGUGUCAUUUGUUAACAGUGAGAUUGACAAAUAAUAGAGGUUUUGGUAGGUUAUUGGUUUGGUAUGUAUAUUAUUGUGCUUUUGAAAAAAAAAAAUCCAGGUACUCUUAUCCAGGUGAAAUAAUUGUAAUUUGUAGCAGUUGUUACAGGGUGGCCAAAUCAGACAUAAUCAGCAUAUAAAUAUCAUAUUACAUUGUUCUAUUUUUUACCAUGAUUAAUGGAAUACAAUUUGCAUAAGCAUAAUUAACGGUGUAAAUAGUGUACUACAACAUUCUUCUCAAUGUCAUUUUUUCCCCUCUAAAGUCUGGGUGCAAUUCAUGUUUUUCAUAGUAAUACACAUUUAAUAGACAUCAGACUACAUGUUCAGUUAUACAACACUAUAUUUAACAUCAAUGUCGUUGCUGAAUUAUUAUAAAAACACCUCUGGGAAUUUAACUUGUGAUGUAAAGUAUGCUAACCCUUUUAAAUGGGUUUACAGUUCCUUUUGUCUUAGAGGAAACACCUUGAUAUUCUGAAUUCGCUCAUUUUAGCUUUCAUUUUAAGACACCUGCAAACAUCUCGUUCGCGCUGAGGGCGUUCCGUUUGAAACCAAUAGGAGCCACUUUGUAGCUUGAAGCCUGAAUGGUAAUAUCGCUGUUAAAAUGAAGAUAAUGUGACAGGGGUCUUGUAAAAGUCAGAAUGUCAAGGUUGCUUUUUAUCCGUCUGAGAUAUUCUCUACAACAUUGUGCAAUAGUGCUGUUUUGUUGUAACUUUUGAAUGUAAAUUAUCAUGUGAAAUAUCUGCUAACUCUAAAAGCAUCAUCGGCCUGUGAUUUUCAUUUUUUAUUUUCAAGCAGAACCUAGUCUACAUUUUUGGUCAAGUUCUGAUUGCAUUCCUCAACUCACUUUGAAAAUCAAUCCAAAAAUAACACACCUGUGGUCAUAUAAUAGACAAUAUUUCCUACUGUGCCAAAUAAUGAAGCAAUAUUUUCAUUUACAAUCAGCAUUUGCAUUUGAUUCAACAAAGCUGUAGCCUACAUUCAACCAUGCAUGAAGUUAUUUAGCACUUGAUGUGAAUGUGCCUCAAGAAUACAGUGUAUUGUGUGAAUGCUGUUUGAAAUAAAAGCAAUU